CAGUGUCCUCCGCUAUAGACAGUGAUUGUUUGUGAGAAUCUGCAGAGGUGUCACUUCACACCUCUGGGACCUGGGCUGGACUUAUAAACCAGCGGAACAGAGCUGAGCAGCACUCACAGCUUAACAGUCUCAACAAUCAGACCACUGAGUCCAUCUGCACAACAUGGAUACCUCCUCGGUCCCUCUUCUCGACUACAGCCUGCAGUACCAGUGGUGCUCCGACUCGGACCUCUCCAGCCUCUCCUCUCCAGAGACCCUCUCCCCUGUCAACUCCAUGGACUCCAGCCUCUCUCCUUCCUACCAGCAGCCUCCGCAGUCCACCCCCAAGGCCUCUAAAGCCGGAUAUCCCCAGAGCCUCAAGUCCUCGCGCUGCUCCCUGUCUGGACGUGGCCGAAAGACUGGCAGAGCCACCCGGAUCCGGAGCAAGCAGAGGGAGAGCGCCAGCGAGAAGGAGAAGCUGAGGAUGAGGGACCUGACCAAGGCCCUGCAUCACCUCAGGUCCUACCUUCCGCCUUCGGUGGCCCCCGCCGGACAGACUCUGACCAAGAUAGAGACCCUCCGUCUCACCAUCCGAUACAUCUCCUACCUGUCGGCGCAGCUGGGCCUCAGCGAGGAGGUGCUGUUUCAGAGGAGGGAGCAAGGGGACGCCUCGGCCAGUGACGCCUCCUCGUCUGACAUCCUCAGCUACUUCCAGAACGCCUCCACGGGGGGAGAGGAGAGCCAGAUGCACAGCCAGGACCUGAACCAGAGCCUCUAUCCGGCCCAGUGUUACAGCCAGAGCGGCAUGCUGCAUUCUGGGAGCUGUAGUUUUGAGGUGGACCCGUACGGCAGACAGUACAGUGAAGCUCCUCAGAGAGACGCGAGCAUGGACACCAUCCUGCAGUCGCCUCCAGCGUCACAGCCCUCCUGUCAGGUUUGUGAACAUCUACCCACUCAGAUUAUUCGUAAUUUCCUGCUCGUAAAACUACACUUUUAGAGUCUUUGACCUUGAUACUAACUGAUUUUCUGUUGAUUUCUUUAAUACAGAUGUGCGGCAAAGACUUCUGCAUCCCACUGGUUCCAAGAGAGUACUGGGGCUAACCGCUCCGGCGCCACGUGAUCAUCGUCCAACAACAAACUACUUCACUGUUUUUACUGCCUCACUGUGAACCAAGUAAUUUAUUAGAAAUAUAUAUGUUUUUCUACCUUCUAUUUAUUUUGUCCUAUGGAUUGUUCCAUGUAAAUAUUGAUAUGUCUA